CGUGCACAGUCGACCACAAUUGAAGCCCCAAUCAUGAGUUACAACAAAAAGGACGAGGACGAGUCGAGCCUGCUCAAGGUCGACCGUACCUCGGUCUUCCAAGAGGCUCGUGUCUUCAACUCGUCACCUAUAUCCCCUCGCAAGUGCCGCGUACUGCUCACAAAGAUCUCUCUUCUGCUGUUCACUGGAGAGAAGUUUCCCCAGAAUGAAGCAACCUCGCUGUUCUUUGGCAUUUCCAAGCUGUUUCAAAAUAAGGAUGCCGCCCUCCGCCAGAUGGUCUACCUCGUCAUCAAGGAACUGGCCAAUACCGCUCAGGAUGUCAUCAUGGUUACGAGCAGCAUCAUGAAGGAUACUGCCGUAGGAAGCGAUGUUGUAUACCGUGCCAACGCCAUCCGUGCUCUGUGCCGCAUCAUCGAUGCUUCGACUGUCCAGGCCAUUGAGCGCAACAUCAAGACGGCUAUCGUCGACAAGACCCCCUCGGUUUCUUCGGCUGCUCUCGUAUCCUCUUACCACCUGCUACCCAUCGCUCGCGAUAUCGUCCGUCGCUGGCAAAGCGAAACUCAGGAGGCUGCUUCGUCAACAAAGUCGUCUGGUGGCUUCUCCCUUGGCUUUGGCUCAUCUGCUUCGCACAGUCUGGCUGCUUCCAACACAAAUUUCAUGACACAAUAUCACGCUAUUGGCCUGCUCUACCAGAUGCGCUCGCACGAUCGUAUGGCUUUGGUCAAGAUGGUACAACAGUACAGCGCCCCUGGAGUCGUUAAGAGCCCGGCAGCCCGUCUCAUGCUGGUUCGUCUGGCCGCCAAGCUCAUUGAAGAAGAUCCCAGCCUUCGUACCCCCAUGAUGAAGUUGCUUGAUGGUUGGCUUAGGGACAAGAGCGAGCUGGUCAACAUUGAAGCCGCCAAGGCUAUCUGUGAUGUUCGCGAUUUGACCGACCAGGAGGUUAUGCAAGCUGUCCAUGUCCUUCAACUCUUCUUGACUUCACCCCGAUCUGUCACAAAGUUUGCUGCCAUCCGCAUUCUUCACAACUUCGCCUCGUUCAAGCCGGAUGCUGUUCGACAAUGUAACCCUGACAUUGAGGCUCUCAUCACAAACUCGAACAGAUCCGUUGCGACAUUCGCCAUCACCACUCUCCUCAAGACUGGCAACGAGUCUAGCGUCGAUCGUUUGAUGAAGCAGAUCUCCGGCUUCAUGGCCGAGAUCACUGACGAGUUCAAGAUCACCGUCGUCGAGGCUGUCCGCACCCUGGCUCUCAAGUUCCCUAGCAAGCAGGCUGGCAUGCUUGCCUUCCUUAGUACUUCGAUUCGCGAUGAGGGCAGCUAUGAGUUCAAGAGCAGCGUUGUAGAAGCCAUCUUUGAUCUUAUCAAGUUUGUUCCGGAAAGCAAAGAAGACGCUCUCUCGCAUCUGUGCGAGUUCAUCGAGGAUUGCGAAUUCACAAAGCUGGCUGUUCGCAUUCUGCACCUCCUAGGUAUGGAGGGUCCCAAGACUACCAACCCGACCAAGUACAUCCGUUACAUCUACAACCGUGUUGUGCUCGAGAACGCCAUUGUUCGUGCUGCUGCUGUCACCGCUCUGGCUAAGUUUGGUGUCGGUCAGCAAGAUCCCGACGUCAAGCGUAGUGUCAACGUCCUUCUUACCCGCUGCCUUGAUGACACAGAUGAUGAGGUCAGAGAUCGAGCAGCCCUCAACUUGCGCUUGAUGCAGGAAAAUGACGAAAUGGCAAGCAAGUUCGUCAGAAAUGACUCAAUGUUCUCGCUGCCCGUUCUCGAGCACCAGCUCGUCAUGUAUGUAACAGCAGACUCGUCGGCCGCCUUCUCCCAGCCCUUCGACUUCAGUUCUGUCCCUGUCGUCACCCGUGAACAAUCACUCGCCGAGGAUCGUACAAAGAAGCUUACCACAGCCACGCCUACGCUCAAGGCCCCAUCAACUGGCCCCAAGCCUGCCGCUGCUCGUGGAUCAGCGGAAGCUAUUGCUUCCGCAAGCGCUGCUGCCCAAAAGUACGCCCAACAGCUUCAGGCCAUCCCCGAACUUGCUUCGUAUGGUGGUGUGUUGAAGAGCAGUGCUGUUGUCGAACUGACCGAGAGCGAGACCGAAUACGUCGUUACUGCCGUCAAGCACUUGUUCAAGGAGCACAUUGUUGUCCAAUACGAUAUCAAGAACACCCUGCCAGACACAGUACUUGCCGAUGUAACAGUUGUCUGCACGCCAACAGCUUCUGACGAGUCAGAAGACAGUGGUCUGGAAGAGGAGUUCACCAUCCCUGCACCUAUGCUCAAGACUGACGAGCCCGGAACUGUAUACGUGUCUUUCAGACGCCCCGAGGGCCAAGAAUUCACUGCAGCAAAUUUGACCAAUGUGCUCAGAUUCACAAGCAAAGAAAUCGACCCUUCGACCAACGAGCCAGAAGAACAUGGUUACGAGGAUGAGUACGAGAUUGAAGAUCUUGAUCUUGUUGGCUCCGACUACAUUCUCCCCGCCUUUGCUGGCAGCUUUGACAGCAUCUUCAACUCUCUACCGUCGGACGAGGAACAUGAGGCUGAGGAGACGCUGCAACUCGCGAAUGCCAAGACACUGGCAGAAGCCACCGAGUUGCUUGUCAAGAGCUUGGGCAUGCAGCCGCUCGAGGGUAGCGAGGUCACACUUUCACCAAGCACACACAGUCUCAAGCUUUAUGGUAAGAGUGUGACUGGCGGCAAGGUUGCCUCGCUGGUCAGGAUGGCGUUCAGUGCCAAGAGCGGAGUGACAGUCAACAUCAAGGUGCGAAGCGAGGAGGAAAUGCUGGCAGCUCUGGUGAUUGGCGGAGUUGCAUGAUGGGACUAGGGCGAUGCGACAAAGUCAUCCAGGGACACCGGCGUUAUGAUUGGGGAGCAUGAAAUAGCGAGAGUUGCUUUUAUUGUUUAGUCAAGGGCUAGGCGGACGGUAGAA